AUGCCAUUUAAAAUUCCACAAGAACUAAGGGAAGACAGUAGUUCGAGAGAAGAAACUUUUGAGGAAUUAUUAACUGUAUCUAGCAGAAAAAGAAAACCACUUCCUAAUGAUGUUGUAUUUUUCUUUGAUAAUGAUGCUCGAUAUUUACCAUUUGCAGGAAUUGUCCUAGUCCUAAAAAGUAGAUAUUUUAGGAGGAAAUUUACAAAUUUUGGUAAUGAACAUUAUGAAGUUGUUUUUAGCAAAUUGACAUUUGAGGCAAUGUUUACAAUGAAAAAAUUUUUAUAUAGUGAUCCAGAGACAUAUAUUAUGACAACAAAAAGACUUUUAUAUCAUAUGGAAUGUUUAGGAAAUUUUGAUUGUGAUUCUUCUAAGCUUUUAUGUCAGGAAUAUAUUAUUAAUCAUUUGAAACCUAAAGAUUAUUUUAAAGCAUUUGAAAAAUCAUUAACUUCUGAUCCAAUAUUUAAACCAAUAAUUCUUGAAAAAAUUGUUGAAGAUUUUCAUGAAUUAUUACCUACUUGUCCAUUAAAUGGGUUAUCAUAUAAAACAGUUGAAGCAUUUUUAACAUCAUCUAUUAAAGAUAUGGUUCCUCAUAUGAGUUUAUUUCAAUUAUUUAUUAAUUGGGCAGAUCAUCAACGUGGAAUUGUUGAUGUAGAUGAUAUAAUGAAUCUUUUUCAUUGUUUAGAUAUUGCUGAAUUUGGAUUUGGAAUAACAAAAGAGGGUGUUAUAAAACAAGGAAAAAAUUUAAAUGAUUAUGAUAUAAUGGCUUCAAAAUUUUCAAAUUUAAUGAUAGAUGAAUUUAAAGCACAAUUAGAUUGUAAAAAUUAUUAUCAUAUGACAGAUUCAUUGGCUUUUGUCUCUGGUGGAUAUCUUCAUUCAUCAGAUAAAGCAUUUAUAUUUAAUGGUCCUUUUGGAAAAGUUGAAAAUUUUUUAACAAUGCCAUUUUGUAGAGCAAGACAUACAUCAUCAGUCAUUGGAAAAACAAUUUUUUUAAUUGGUGGACAAGAUGAAAAUUGGCAAAGUAAAAAGACUGCUUUUACAUAUGAUAUUCUUACUCAAACUUUCACUGGUGAAUUUGAUCUCUUACAAGUUCCUAGAAGUUAUCAUUCUAGCGUAUCUAUUGAUGACACUGUUUAUAUAAUUGGAGGAUAUGGUCCAACUGUUAUUAAUACAAUUGAAAUAUAUAAUUUAACACGUCCAGAUGUUGUUCAAACACAAAAUAUGUCUUCCCCAGAAGCAUGUCAUGAUUCUUUUUUACUAAAUAAUGGUAUUUAUAUUACUCCUGGAAGAUGUAAAGCAUCAGUUAGACUUUAUGAUCAUCGUGCUGGAAUAAUAAAUGAAGUUUGUAAACUUCAACCACAUAUUUAUUUAUCAGGUUAUUGUGCUGAUAAUGAAACUGGAGAAAUAUAUAGUUUUGGUGGUAGGUAUCUUCAUUAUAGAACAGCAACAUCAUAUGUUUAUGAUAUAAGGGCAAACAAAUUUAGAAAUAUUUGUGAUUUAGAAAUAGCAACACCAGAUGCUAGAUGUUAUUUGUAUGGCGGGUUUAUUUAUGCUCUUGGAGGAUAUCCUCUACCAUUACCUAGAGAAGGUUCAGAAGUUUUUACUAGAUAUAAUCCAUCAAAUUACAUACAAAUAUACAAUAUUCGUAGAGAUACUUGGGAAGUGUCUCAAACAAAACUUGUUUCCUACACUAAUGGAUAUUCGCUUGCAACAUUUUAG